AUGACAAUCAUGUUCCAAGGUAUGUUUCGAACAAUGGCACAGCUUUGCGCAGUGGGGCUUGUAACUACUUGCGCUGAGCACGUGGACCUGCAGCUCAUGCAGAUACACACGGCCAGUCUCUCGCGUGGCAAUGGGAUCCGGCAGGGAUGUCAUACCUCAACCCACGGCGACGAGUGUUACGAGAAGGUGAUGUGGGCGAUGCGGACGGGCGUCAAUUUACACCCAAUGUGGUAUCUCCCUCUGACGAGUAAUUCCAGCUUCGAGGACUUCCAGCAGCACCUGCACGCCGUGGACAGGCUCUCUGACGUGUGUCCCAAGCCAUGUGCAGCGGCGCAGUCAGAGGAGCGACCGGCAGAGCGGUUGCCCGCAGUGCCAGAGCAAUGCCGCACCAGUGUCGAGGGCGACGAGUGCUACGAGAAGGUUGAGUGGGCAAUGCGGACGGGCAUCAAAAAGCACCCAGAAUGGUAUCUCCCUCUGACGAGUAAUUCCAGCUUCGAGGACUUCCAGCAGCACCUGCACGCCGUGGACAGGCUCUCUGACGUAUGUCCCAAGCCAUGCGCAGCGGCGCAGUCAGAGGAGCGACCGGCAGAGCGGUUGCCAGGGCCAGAGCAAUGCCGCACCAGUGUCGAGGGCGACGAGUGCUACGAAAAGGUUGAGUGGGCGAUGCGGACUGGCAUCAAAAAGCACCCAGAAUGGUAUCUCCCUCUGACGAGUACUUCCAAAGGUUGA